AUGUCUCAUACUGCAGCUAAUGAGGACAAAGGAGAUACGUUCCUCCCGAAGGGGAUGAAUCCAGACAGCUAUCUGUCUGGGCAUGAUUUAUCCUGUGUGGCUUUGAAGGUGCAGGCAGUGGAGAGAGAAGUCUCUCUAGAAGGAUUGUCUUACCAGUCCUACGGAGGAGUAAAUUGCUCUGGAAAGCAAUUUAUCAAGACAUUGCCAGAAUACCACGUGGCUGAUCCAGCAAGAGUAGAUGCAAGCGGGCGUUUUCUUUCUUUUAAUUUACACCAUCACAUCUCAAACACAAGGAAGAAGAGAGAUCUCAGCAAAAAGGAAAAUGUGGUAUAUUACAAAAUUAACCAUGAAGAGAAGGAUCUAUUUUUUAACUUGACUGUCCACAUGGGAUUUCUUUCCCAUAACUACGUAGUAGAAAGGAGACGUGGCAACCACACUAGUGCAAAGAUUGCAACUCGCUCGGGAGUUCCUUGCCACUUCAUUGGCACAGUGUUACAGCCAGGUUCCGGGAGUGGGACAGCAGUGAUCAGCACUUGCAAUGGCCUGACUGGAUAUUUCCAUCUGCCCCAUGGUGACUACUUCAUUGAGCCCAUUAAAAAGCAUCCACAGAAGGAGGGAACACCCCAUCCCCAUAUUAUCUAUGGGGCAAAUAUCCUUCAAAAUGCUUUAAGGAGAAGACGGGCGAUCCCAAUGGAAAAAGAGCAAGCAUGUGGAUUGAAUGAUACCCUCAGCUUUUUCAAACAGCAGCAGCAUUGGAGGGAGAGAUGGGAACAAAAUCAUAUGGCUGUCAGAAAGGUUUCUCGGCGCUCUGUCAGCAAGGAGCGAUGGGUGGAGACACUUGUAGUUGCAGACAGUAAGAUGGUUGAAUAUCAUGGAAGUGACCAUGUGGAAUCAUAUAUCCUCACUAUAAUGAAUAUGGUCACAGGGUUGUUCCACGAUCCAAGCAUUGGCAACGCAAUUCACAUUGUGCUGGUCCGGCUCAUCCUCUUUGAGGAGGAGGAGCAAGGCUUGAAGAUAGUUCACCAUGCUGAUAAGACACUAGCCAGCUUCUGCAAAUGGCAGAAGAGUGUCAAUCCCAAGAGUGACGUCAACCCUACGCACCAUGACGUGGCCGUCCUUCUAACCAGAAAGGACAUUUGUGCUGGCAUGAAUCGUCCGUGUGAAACCUUAGGUUUGUCUCAUCUGUCAGGCAUGUGUCAACCUCACAGAAGCUGUAACAUCAAUGAAGAUUCUGGCCUUCCGUUGGCUUUCACUAUUGCUCAUGAACUUGGACACAGUUUUGGGAUCCAGCACGAUGGAAAAGAGAAUGACUGUGAGCCUGUUGGAAAGCGCCCAUAUAUUAUGUCCCGACAGCUGCAAUAUGAUCCUACUCCACUGACCUGGUCGCAGUGCAGCAAGGAAUACAUCACACGUUUCCUAGACCGCGGGUGGGGAUUCUGUCUGGAUGAUAUCCCCCAAAAAGAAGUUUUAAAGUCCCCAAUCAUUGCUCCUGGAGUGAUUUAUGAUGUGCAUCACCAGUGCCAGCUUCAGUAUGGUUCCAAUGCUACUUUCUGUGAAGAUGUGGAUAACCUUUGCCAAACACUCUGGUGCUCGGUGAAAGGCUCCUGCCGCUCCAAACUGGAUGCAGCUGCGGAUGGAACUCGGUGUGGAGAAAACAAGUGGUGCUUCUCUGGUGAGUGCAUUACAGUAGGCAAGACUCCCGAAGCAAUCCAUGGCGGAUGGGGCAUUUGGUCAUCCUGGUCCCAUUGCACAAGGACAUGUGGGGCAGGAGUUCAGAGUGCAGAGAGACCAUGUGAUAACCCAGAACCACAAUUUGGAGGAGACUACUGCACUGGAGAAAGGAAACGCUAUCGAAUGUGUAACAUUAGCCCCUGUCGCAAAGGCUUGCCAACCUUUCGUCAGAUGCAGUGCAGUGAAUUUGAUACAGUUCCCUACCAGAAUGAAUUCUACCACUGGGUUCCUGUUUAUAACACAGCAAAUCCCUGCGAGCUCCACUGUCGCCCAAUAGAUGGCCAUUUUUCAGAGAAGAUGCUUGAUGCAGUGACUGAUGGUACUCCUUGCUUUGAAGGAAGACACAGCUGAGAUAUCUGUAUUAAUGAUGGCAUGUGUAAGGCUGUUGGCUGUGAUUAUGAGAUAAAUUCCAACGCAACUGAAGACCAGUGUGGAGUUUGCCUGGGAGACGGCUCUGAUUGUCAUACAGUGAAGAUGAUGUUUAAUCAAAGUGAAGGAUUUGGAUACGUUGAUAUUGGGCUAAUUCCGAAAGGUGCGAGGGGAAUCAAAGUCAUGGAAGUUGCAGAAGCAGGAAAUUUCCUUGCUGUGCGAAGCAAAGACCCAGAAAAAUAUUACCUGAAUGGAGGCUUUAUCAUCCAGUGGAAUGGUGAAUACAAAGUGGCAGGCACGGUAUUUCAGUAUGACAGAACAGGGGAUCUAGAAAAUCUGACUGCUCCAGGACCCACCAAUGAGUCAAUAUGGAUUCAGCUACUUUUUCAAGAAACUAACCCUGGAAUCAAGUAUGAAUAUACUGUACGUAAAGAAGAAAGUAAUGAGAAUGAGAUUGGAGAGCCAGAGUAUUUUUGGCAGUAUGGAGACUGGACAGCCUGCAGUGUUACCUGUGGAAGAGGGGUGCAGCGCCAGAUUGCCCACUGCAUGCGGAAGGGAAGCGGAGCGAUCAAAAACUCCUUCUGUGACCCAGCAACGCAGCCAAACGGGCGACAAAAGAAAUGUUAUGAAAAGGACUGUCCACCCAGAUGGUGGGCAGGAGAAUGGCAGAAAUGUUCAACCACGUGUGGCCCAACAGGCCAGAAGAAGCGAACUGUUCUUUGCAUCCAGACGGUGGGAUCUGAUGAGCAGGCGCUGGCUGUCACAGAGUGCCAGCACCUGCUUAAACCAAAGACCCAACUGUCAUGCAACAGAGAUGUCUUGUGCCCGUCUGACUGGACAGUGAGCAACUGGACUGAGUGCACAGUUACUUGUGGUGGUGGAAUAAGGACUCGUAAUGUCACUUGUGCCAAAAAUAAUGAUGAGCCAUGUGAUACUUCCAAGAGACCAAACUCUAAGGCCCUGUGUGGUCUCCAACAAUGUCCUUCUGCUGGAAGAUUUCUGAUACCCCCCCUGGCACCCAGAAGAGGAAAGAUCAUAAUCAGAAAAACAAGUACUAAUCCUGAAUGGAGUCCUCCUCGCAGAAUACCCAUACCAAACCCAAGGUCCCAUACAACAACAAAAAUACCUAAGCCUGAAAGUGUAACUCCCUGUUUGCCUACAUCCUCUGGUUUGGGUAAUGUCUCAGAAAAAAAAGGAACAGCCAACAAAACAUUACAAAACAAUUUUUCUGGACCAAGUGAUGUUUACAAUUACCCGGUUGUUUCUACUGAAAAUAGUUCACACCAAAAUACUACUUCAUGGCCUUUUCAUAACAGCUUAAGUACUGAAAUUAUAAGACAUGCUGAAAAUAUUUCUGAAAGGAAGGCAGUUUCUACUGUAGAAAGUGAGGUGCUAAGAAGUGAGGGCACUCCUGUCUCCUCUUUUACCAGUAGUCCAGAAAUAACUUCCAGCUAUGAUUACUUAACUGAAGAAUCUGACGACAUUGAUGGGUCAGUUGGAGGCAGUGAGAAACCAACUGAUCUCCUUUACAGCACAGAACUCAAUCCUGAAAUCAGAACCAGGAGCACAACCCUAGAUACUGGCUCUCCUGUCCUUCAAAAUGAGAGUGUGACUUCUCAGCCCACCCCUGCAUCUCAUCACCGAGAACCUUCUACGCUCCUUCCUGUUAGCACAACAGCACAAGGACUGGCAUCUCCAACAGCAGCAAACUAUACCAGUCUGCAAGUUGAUGUGCCUGUUGUAGAAGUAACUACCCAAGAAACAUCUGUUACAGUAAUGCCCACAGUGUUUGGUCAUGUACCGAGAGACCUGGCUGACAACAGAAGAGAAAUGAAGCUACUCGACACCAUAACCUCCAGCACACAAUCGUCAGCUCUCGAGCAUGUUCUCAGGAACCAAAGUGCAACAUCUGAGGGGGUUUUGACAAAUGUCACACCAAACAGCCACCUAAUAACAUCCAACAAUUUGCCUGGUGAUACCUACUGGAUCGUAGGCAACUGGAGUGAGUGCUCUACCACCUGUGGAAUGGGGGCUUUCUGGAGACACGUGGAGUGCAGCAGCAGGAACACAUCUCACUGUCAGCACAUGAAAAAGCCUGAUCCUGCAAGAAAAUGUUAUCUCCGCCCAUGUGCUAGCUGGAAAACAGGAAAUUGGAGCAAGUGCUCCGCUAGCUGCAACGGUGGUUUCAAGACCCGAGAUCUUCACUGCAUUGAUGUUCGUGAAAAGCGACUUCUAAGGCCUUUUCAUUGCCAAUUACUUGGAUAUAAGCCACAACUCAACACUAGUUGUAAUGUGGAGCCUUGCCUGCAGUGGCGUGUGGAGCCCUGGAAUGAGUGCACUGUUUCUUGUGGAGGGGGCAUUCAGCAAAGAACUGUGAAGUGCAUGAAUACAGAAACUAAUGAAACGGAAGAUGACAGUACGUGUGUGGAUAAACCCAAGCCCACAGAGAUUCAGAAAUGCAAUCUGCAAGAGUGCAGGAAAAGUACAGGACUACCCUGCAGCAAAGACCAACUGUCAGUUCGCUUCUGCCAGAGGCUGAAAGGCAUUGGCAAGUGCUUGCUGCCGUCAAUACAGACUCAGUGCUGCUUCACGUGUAGCCAGCCCCGAAUUCGUAACAAAGCAAGAUACUGGGAUCAGCGAGUCCUCAAACGACAAAAUUACACUAAAUCUAGAAGAAAAUCACCUCAAAACCAAGAAAACAACAACCAAGCUUCUUGGCACUAGCUGUUUUUUAUCUAGUUGUUUUGAGUAGGGCUUGUGUUUACAGGUUUUAUGCUCCUUUUUUUUUUUCUGAACCAUCCAACAUAAAUGGAAAUCUGUGAUCAAAACUGGGAAAACACAUCCCUUAGGGUUAUCAGUCCUGUUUUACUGCUUCAAAUUUUUCUCUGUAAUAGUCCAAAAUUUGUAACACAAUUUGCAAUGUACCAGCAGCUAGUACUUCUUAGGCAUGCAUAGAGACUAGAAACAAGCUUGAAAGAAUUUUUGUAUUUCUUUAAAUGAAUAUUUCACUUGUUCUGUCUUCCAUCUCUUUUCUGAAACCCACUUGAAACAGCAGCACCACUUACUCAAGUGCUGAGUGAAGGUGGCCAAUGGGGCAGCAGACACAGACCUGCACUGUGGGCCAGAUCCCCCUGUGCUCACUCAUUUUUCUGUCUUUAGGAAUCAAGGUGAAGUGGCAGGGUUUUUCCAAAUUGUUUGCUCACUUCAUAAAUUUAAAAGCAGAGUUUUAUAAUAACUGACUAUGAUAUGCAGGACAAAUUGAAACAUUGGAUUUUUCAAAAGAAAAAUUGUUCAUUUAGUACUUCACUGAACCUCUAAAGGAUACCUCAGCAAUAGCCUGUCCUGGCCAGUUUUCUUCUGCUACAAAUGCCUCGCUGUAACCUGAAAACCCCACCAAAUAUGGGAUGUUAAGUUCCCAAAUAUGUUUUAAGCAACAUUUCUUGGUAUCAUGAAAGCAAAGCUGUUGGCAUCUACCACCUUAACAGAUGGACUGUAAUUCACAGCAAUAUUCAGCGAUAGAGCUAUCAUUUAAUCCAGUAUCUCCUAGUAGAGUGUAAGCCCACAUCCACAAGAGUACUUUAUCACCUCACUCACAGCAAACUUUUCCCCCAGUGCAAAUCCUUGAUCAUAGUGAGGCUGAGGGCACCUGGGACAGGAGUCCGAAACCCAGAGUAUCUGUGUAGCUCUGGGCCUCAGGCAUUAGGAGAACACUAGUCAAAUAGCAUAUCUGUUUUGCUAUUGAAGAAAAUGGCAGAACAAACUUUAGGGAGACCAGAUUGGACACUUUGAAGCAAAGCUGGGCAUUUUCUAAAGAGCUGGACAGAGUCUGACAUUUAGAUUCCUUUGAAAUUCAGUAGGAUUUGGACACCUUGGUUCUUCACACUCUUUUGAAAAUCGCAGAUUUACUCCCUAGCUACCUGACAAUUUGAGAUUGUAAAACAGAGAAAUGUCAUAUUUUAUGCAGUGUAGAGUGAGACACAUAGCCAUGAAUCCAAGUGUCACUACGCUUACAGAGCUAUGACUAGCAAUAGGCCUAUUUCUAGACAGACUUUUAUGAAAGUUAAUAGAAAUAUUUGGGCCUGGCUAUAAUGUAUUAAUCUAAUGAUGGCCACAAGUCUAAUUGUCCUUUUUCAUAGGUUUGUGACCUUUGGCUAAGGGCUCACUUCUUCACUUGAAGUCUCUGGGAGUUCAGGUUAUGCAGCAUGGUAAGGUUAGAUUUAUUAACUUCUGUGAUGGCAAUAUAACCCCAGUUAUAGGUGCUGAUAAAACUUAAAAUCCACUGUUAAAAAUAUGGUGCUAGUAUAACAGAUGUGGGGGAUGACUUACAAUGGUGCAUGCACAUGCAUGUGUGUACAUAGCAUACAUGCAGAUACUCGUAAAAUAAUACCUGUCUAUGGUGUUGCUGGCCAAUGCCAGACAUAAUGCUUUUUAAGUUUCACAGUGUGCUUAUGUCCUUCUGAGGUCCUGAAUGGCUACUGACCUUUUGAGCAAUAGAAAUCUGGGCAGUUCUUAUUCCACUGGACACAGAAAUAUUGAAUCAUAUGAAGGAGUGGAGGUGUCCCAUCUGAUUCAGGAAGCAUUUGGGCAGGGCUUGGCCUCAGGCUGCAUUGUGUAGAGCAGAGCCUGUACUGCUACAUCCAAGGCAGUUCUCUGAUGGCCAAACAACCUAGACUGGUGGACAGUGCAGAUGCUUCUGAUGUUCCCAGAAGCAUCCUGUAGGAUUUGGGCAGGACAAAGUUAGAUUCACUUCAGAGUCAGACUCUUCUAUGCUCAGAGGUACCUGCAACGUUUUAUCCACAGAGGUCAGCAGAAGUGGGCCAUCAGGUAUGUAAGCUAAUAAGAAAGGGGCUGACUGAGUGGAUAUAGUGCAGGUGGGAGGAAAAGUGCCUGGGGGGCUUGUCCCUUCCGGUGCUCCUUAUGGCUAGUGAGGAGUAAAGCCAUUUCUGGCUUCAUUGUUUUCUUCAGGGAGCUGUAAUUUCAUUUGAAAAGCAUAAAAGUGAAUAAAUUAUAUUAUGGACAUUAAUCAAAAUAAUCUUUCUACCCAGGGAAGCACAGUCACCGCUGUGCUUAAACGCGAUGCGAUGCAUUGAGUGCAUCACUCUCCCAGCUUAAAACUUUAGGGAAAAGACUGUGACAACAACAUGAACUGUUCUAAUAGAGCAGUGCCACUGCUGUAUUUUACAUAGGUUCUUACAUGGCACUCAUCAGCCUAGUAUGUCCUCUGUGCUAAUAAUAUGUGCAGUCACCUCUGCCACCCAUUUAGCAAGAUUCCUUUCUUAUGACAUAUCUCUUUUUAAGUAAAGGUGGAUUUAUGAUCCUAACCCAGAUGGUCACUAUUCUUAAAACUGAAUAGAGUGUUAAGUGCAGAGGCAUAAUAUCAUUAUAUUAUCAUAUUAGCCUGAGACACGUCAGCUUCAACAGGUUGCUCAGGAAAAAAUGUGUAUUUGGCACAUUCACUGCUUGUUCUAACAUUUCAAGGUUUAAAAAGCAAACUACGAUGACAUAUUUGUUUCAAGCUUCAAUAAAUGGCAUUGC